AUGUCAUCCCAACGAAGUCCCCCAGACUAUGAUGACUUCUUUUCCCAAAACAGCAUAUUGAAUAUCUUCAGACAAUGUCAGGAGUUAUGCCCAAGUCUGGAUAUCGGCGGUCCCGGUGAACUUAGAGCCUUGACCUCAUCUUCGACAGAGCUGGCUAAGGAUCUACUUCAAUGUGGGAAGUUAGACUAUAACAAGCCAGACGAUGAUGGACGUAUAGAGCCGGGCGAAGAACCGAUCCAGGAAAUCGCGAACUUCGUGGCACGCUAUUGGGGCCCGCGCGAUAUCGGCGAGACGCGUAUUGAAACCAACGCAUACCAAUCCAUACUCAAUAGGCUGGAAAAGCUUAGCGAGUAUGAGCCUGCGCUCGGGCAAAUCUGUCGCGGGGUGACUGAACACCUAUUGUUCGAAUGCGCUUCGAGUCCCGAAAUUUUGGAAAACCUAUUUCGAGGCGACACCUUUGAAUUAUGCUACACGUCGAGCGCUUAUAUCGAAUACCGGAAUCGCCUCGCGAAUGAUGGGAAGGAUCAAAAUGCCGAGCUGUGGUACAUUGAGGACCGGCCAACGACGGUGAUGUUUCACAUAUGGUCCGAGACCAUCAUGACUUGCCUAAGGAGAUUAAAGCGGCAACUGGAAGCUAUUGCACCUACUAGGGGACGGGAGACAUCAAGUCAGUUCCUGGAGAAAAUGCGCCACCUAGCUCCCUACUACACGAAGGCGGAUCUUGCGCGCCGGGCACUUCUGACACGGAUCGGUCUGCCAAUGGAGUACUACAGGCAGCUGGGAAACGAGGUCUUCAGGCCUGAGAAAUUACCUGAGACCUACAGGCUUGUGAAAUACGCCGCGUCACUCCGUGUCGAUCCUUUGGACCUGACCUGUCCGUUCCCGUCGGCGAGUUUUCCCACUGAGCUACGGAUGGGGGCCGCUACGGAGAACAAAUGGAGACUGAAUUCGGAGUAUGAGUAUAUAUCAUGCCCACUACGCCUACGGUGGAGAGACAUCGAUCACCUCUUCUGUGUGAGACAUAGCCGACAUGAAGUUGUUGGUAGUGUAGAUAAGGAUGAAGACGCCCCCGUCGCUCCUAUCGAAUAUAGUGAUCGAGCUGCUGUCGUUUCGGAUGAGUGUCUGCUCUACAUCCACCGUCUCACGAAGGGAGGUGAUGAGGUCAAUGGGGGUUCGUUCCGCAACGAAACAGCCACCGGUUGUGCCCGUCGCGUUUCCUUCACGUCCGUGCCUCGCACCUAUUCCGGCGGUGAAUCAGCCCUCCUCAAGAUCCUCGGAGAAAUCCGUGCCGUCGUAGAAGACUACUUUGCAGACAAGGACUUGCCGGAAUACGUCGGAGUGGACCGCGACGGAUGGGAUUCUUGGGAUCUGGUGAUUUUCUCAGAGGGGUAG